AUGGCUGAGCUGCUGAGUUUCACGGUCCCAGCUGGUUCUGACAAGACGCUGUUUGUGUGGGAGCUGAGCCCCGGGCCCGGGCCCGAGUCCCUGCAACACUCUCUGUUCACAGUGUUCUCCAAGUUUGGCCUUCUCUAUUCAGUACGAGUCUUCCCAAAUGCUCCUGGGGCCACUCCUGGUUUCUAUGCCAUCAUCAAGUUCUAUUCAGCAAGAGAUGCCUGCAGUGCACAAAAGGCAUGUGACCAGAAACAGCUGUUUCAGAACUCUCCUGUGAAGGUUCGUCUUUGCACCAGACGCAAGAUGCAUCAGUAUCCUAUCCAUCCGCUCAACAGCUUCAAAUGCCAAGAACUGGCCAAUUACUACUUAGGUUUCAGUGGAUGGUCAAAACGAAUCAUCACGUUGCAGAAGCUUUCUGACUUCAAAGUAAAGGAAAACACAAGCCCCACCAAAUCCUCUGCAAGGCAAAGUCUGAAGUACUUCUGUGCCCUAGAAGUGGUGUUACCUGCCUACUCAUGUCGAAGUCCUGGUGCUGGCAUUGCAGAAGAAUAUGUGGAGCAACUAGAAGGUCCAUUAGAGUUUCUUCUGAAAAGGAAGAAAACUCAGAAGCUUGCCAUUCAGAAAGCUUUAUCAGAUGCAUUUCAAAAAUUGUUGAUGGUAGUUUUAGAAAGCGGUAAAGUGGCUGUGGAAUACAGAUCCACUGAAGAAAGAGAUUCUGCAACAGAAGAAUUCAAAGAUUUGAUUCAAGUCAAUGAUGUUUCGUGGAAUCAGGCCUACCGAGGGGAAGAAGAGUGCCUCUCCGAUUUCAGCCUCGAGGAAGAGUGA